UCUCAUAACCGGCGCUUCUGUACAUUUGUGUGCGUGCAUGUUAACCGAUUUUCUUUUCUAUAACGCGUCGCUGACUCUUCUUUACAUUCUUCAUCGUAUUUUACCUUCGUUUAGUGUUAUUGUGGUUUCAUGUCAACUUGCGAACAGGCAGAAGUUUUGUGUGAAGUUUAUGGUUUUAUGUGAACAUUUUGAUUUUUUUUUAAAAUGUCGGAUAUAAAACGUGCACGGAAAAGUGGAAGAUUUUACCGGCGGUCGAACAAGUUUAAGGCGCUGAAUCCAUCAGCUGAAAUUGGACAAGAAGCGACACAAGCUGAAACAUGCCCCCAAUCGUUACCUUUAGAUCUAUUUGAAGAUGAAUCUACAGUACCACCAAUCGGUAUAAAUGAACCCCAAAUUGAGGACGAAGAUGAACCAUUGGUAGAUUACAUGUUUUCUGACAAUGAUGAUGAGGAUGACGAUAGUUUUUUGAAAAAUGACAAUGCUCUAACGCUGGAUAAGUUGUCCGUAGUAGACGGAAUUCGAUAUUGGGCAUUGUCAACAAAUGCCACGCAUAAGUCCAUUGACAUGGUGUUAAAGUUAUUCCGAAAGGUUAAUGUAAAAGUCCCUGCAACUGCUAAAACCUUGCUGCAAACGAAACGCAACGCAUCGUCAAUUUUGGUACCAUGGCAUUAAAAAGUGUUUGUGUAAUUACUACCGGUAAAUAGUUUUAGAAAUGUCAAAAAAAUGGUGUAUAUUUAACCAUAAUUUGAAAUUUUAAAUUAUUUUCACGCAUAGAUACGACAAGCCGCCAUCGAAGCAACUGACGCUGACUAUAUCCAUUGAUGGAUUACCGUUGCAUAACAGUUCUGCAAUGCAAUUCUGGCCAAUACUUUUUAAAAUAGUAGAGGAUUCAAAAGCACCGGUAA